AUGAGCCCUCGCAAGAACAUGAAGAAGGCUGAAGGGCAACACCCUCCAGCACCGUUCGCGGAAGACGACACCGCUUCUCUAAGAGACAGUAAAUUCGAAAGCCUCAGUCAAGAGGUCAUCGACAAGUAUCUGGCGGCCUACGACGCGCUGGAUAACCUGGAUCUUAACGACGACGCUUCCGAAAACUCACGGGCCAUCCCAGGCGGGUAUGAGCAAGAGCAGCGCGGCGAGGACCGUUUUCUGCGUUCGAACGGAAACGAGCCUCCAUCGCAUGUCCGGGUCAACUACCCUGCCUCUGUACAGCCACCGCAACGCCCACCAGCUCCGCUCCAGUACAACGCAGUUGCUGUAGCUCCACCUCCAACCAUCAUUUUUCGAAAUGCUGCAAAACCCGCUCCUAUGGCUUUUGCAAAUGUGCCGCAAGCUCUCCCUUCAUAUCACUUUGAUAGGGGAAUUCAAGAAGCGCUCGGACGAUACCGUCGCGUUCAUCGUCGAUUUGGCGAUUACCCCGAAGAACACUAUCCAUGGGAUAUCGUUCUGGGUAGAUACGAUUGGGGUGUUGAAGGCAUGCCCCACGACUCGUUCUUUAAUCGAACUGUGCCGCUCAUGCGUCCCAUCAAUGGGAUACACAACGAACAAAUCCCAUUUGCACCGCAACGCUCAUUGAAUAGGGAUAUAGCUCCUCUCAUGGAACACGACCUUCUGUUUGAGAUAUCAUCUAUUUUCUUGCAUCGCGAAAAAGGUCGCUGCACGACAGUCAUGUCUUCCUACCAAAGAUCCAGCGCAUCACCCUACUAUCUUCCGCUUGAUCCUCAACCCUACCAGCAGCGAUAUGCGCAAAGCCCACCUUUGCGAGCGCCAAUGCACAAUCCCUACGAUUGGAUGUAUAUGAGCGACAUCCUUCACAAUGACAUGCGAGCGAUGAUGGAGGACAUGCGGACAAGGAGAAAGCAGUGGCAAGAAGAGAGGGAGAAGAUGCGCGAGACAAUUCAGAGAGGCAGCGCUGGCCAAUGCAGCGAGAGUAUGAUGUGA